CGGGUGACGCAGUGUCUGCUGCGCUCAUUCACUUCGGGUUCAAUAAAUGACGCGCGGAUAGACAACAGCCCUCGCAAGGCACGAUCCCUCCACAAGAGAACUCUCUCACUCUCUCUGGUCUGCACGGAAACCUCACACACUUCUCGCUGCACCCCGUGUCUCCCCGGGACAAAGCUGGUUUCUUUCCCUUCUCCACGGUAACCGUUUCGGGCAACUGAGGGAAUGCAACUCGCCGGGAAGGAUCCAGAUCACUGGAGACGAUUAUGGACCAAGAAAAUCAGUUUCUGCAGUUACAGCACUUUAUAUUUAUUGCUAUUUAGUCUGGAACUAAAGAGCACGGUGUCAGCUGACUCGGACACCUUCACUUUCUUCCAUGAGGGAGCGCAGGGCUGCCUGGGCGUCCGGGACGGCGUCCUCUACCUGUCCACCAGCUGCGACGGGGACGACCAGCUCUGGAAGUGGGUCUCCCGGAGCCGCCUCUUCAACCUGGGCUCCUCGCUGUGCCUGGGCACCACCACGGGCAACUUCAGCCGCGCCGGCGAGCGCACGCCGCUGGGCGUGUACACGUGCGACCGGGAGCCGCCGCGGGUGCGCUGGACGUGGUACUGCGCCCAGGUGCUGGAGGGCCUGAACGCCUAUCUGCCCCCCUCGGCGCUGCAGGGGUACAACAACUCGGCCACCACCCCCAAGGGGUCCUGGAGACUCUACGGUGAAGAGCAAGACCUGUGCUCCAGGAGAGCCCAAGAGAUCUACACCAUCCAGGGCAACUCUCACGGCCGGCCGUGCUUCUUGCCCUUCCUCUACGAUGGCCAGUGGUUCCACAGCUGCACCAGCGUGGGCCGCGAAGACGGACACAUGUGGUGCGCCACCACCUUCGACUACGGCAAGGACGAGCGCUGGGGCUUCUGUCCAGUCCAGAGUAAUGACUGCGAGACGUUCUGGGACACGGACUCUCUGAUGGACAACUGCUACCAGUUCAACUUCCACGCCACGCUGUCCUGGAGCGAGGCCCGCAUCAGCUGCCAACAGCAGGGGGCCGACCUGCUGAGCAUCACCAAGGUUCACGAGCAGACCUACGUCAACGGUCUCCUGUCUGGCUACAGCGCCGCCCUGUGGAUGGGCCUGAAUGACCUGGACCUGAACGGAGGCUGGCAAUGGGCCGACUCCGCCCCACUCAAGUACCUCAACUGGGAGCCAGAUCAGCCCAACAUGCGCAGCGAUGAGGACGUGGAGAACUGUGCUGUGAUCCGCACGGAGACGUCGGGCCGGUGGCAGAACCGGGACUGCUCCAUCGCCCUGCCUUACAUCUGCAAGAAGAGGCCCAACGCCACCCUGGACCCCUUCACCACAGACUCCUGGUCGGACGAUGAGGAGUACCAGUGUGACCUGGGCUGGCAGUCGUUCCAGGCGGGCUGCUACCGGCUGAACCGGGACAAGAUGGACUGGCACCACGCCCAGGGCACCUGCCAGAAGAUGGAAGCCAACCUGGUCAGCAUACACACGCUGCCCGAGCUGGAGUUUAUUAUUAACAUGAGGAGAGAGGUGGACGAGCUGUGGAUUGGCCUCCAUGACCAGGCCAUGCAGAUGAACUUCGAGUGGACCGACCGCACGCCCGUCAUCUUCACCUACUGGCACCCCUUCGAGCCCAACAACUUCCACAACACGGCCGAGGACUGCGUCAAGCUCUGGGGACCCGACGGCCGUUGGGAUGACAGUCCUUGCAACCACACCUGGCCCUUCAUCUGCAAGAAGGCAGCACAGAAGGUGGACGGCAAGAAGAAAGACCACGGCUGCCUACAGGGCUGGCAUUGGCACAGUCCUGCAUGCUUCUGGGUGGGGGAGCUACAGGUGUCGUUUGAGGAAGCCAAGAAGACCUGCGCCAACAAUGACGCCACACUCGUCACUAUACACAAUAGGUUUGAGCAGGCUUUUGUGAACAGCCUGAUUUUUGGCCGUUCUGGAGACUCCUUCUGGAUUGAUCUAGUGGAUCAGGGCAGCACUGGCUCAUACCGCUGGGAGGCUGGAGAAUCAGUCUCAUACACCAACUGGAACAGAGACCAACCAUCACGGACAGGAGGCUGCGUAGCCAUGGCAACAGGUCAUGCCACAGGGCUGUGGGAAGUGAAGGAUUGUGGGAAAGCGCGGGCCAAGUUCAUGUGCCGCCAGAACAAAGGCGCCUCUCCCAGUGCCGUGCCGCCAGCCCCGCACCCCACGCCCAGCCUGACUGGCAGCUGCCCCAGCGACUGGAAGUCUACUGACACACUGCCCUACUGCUACAAGGUGUUUCACUCAGGUGAUGUGGAUGAGCGAAUGACAUGGCAACAGGCUCACACAUACUGUUCCAGCCAUGGGGCAAACCUCUUGAGCAUCAGCGGACCAGAGGAGGAGAACUACAUCGAGAAGAUUCUUCUUGAGAAGUUUGGUGAGUCGGAGGAUCAUGAGCAGCACUGGUUCUGGAUGGGCCUGCACCGGCAGAACCCACUGGACAACGAUGGCUGGAAGUGGAGCGAUAAAACUCCUUAUGCGUAUCAGAACUUUGCGAGGUACUAUUCCCCCAUGCGGAAGUGCGUGACCCUGGAUCUGGCUACAAGGCACUGGCUGCCGAUGCACUGCGAGUCAGAGCUGGACUGGAUCUGUAAAAUUCCUAAAGGGGUGAAGGAGACCAUACCAGAGGCAAAUGAAGACUCGUCGCUGGGCUGGGUGGCGUUUGAGGAGGCGGAGUACAGGUUCUCGGAGCACCGCUCCACCUGGUCGCAGGCCCAGAGGAUCUGCUCCUGGUCCUCGGCAUCCCUCACCUCCAUCCACUCGGCCCCGGAGGACAGCUUCCUCAGGGACACGCUGGCCAAGGUGUCCAAGGGGGGGGAGAACUGGUGGCUGGGCCUGCACACGUAUGAGGGCGACGGCCGAUUCCGCUGGUCAGACCACUCGGUGCUCAACUACGUGUCCUGGGCCGCCGGCCGGCCCUACCCCAUCAGCCGAGACAAGAAGUGCAUCUACAUGACCGGCAGCGAAGGUGAGUGGUCGGAUCAGAAGUGCCAGUCUGACUACCGCUACAUCUGCAAGAGAGUGAACGUCACGGGUACGGUGCCCCCCACCCCAGCCCUGCCCCCCCAGUCGGCAGGAUGCCCAGACGGAUGGAGUCCCUUCCUGCACAAGUGUUAUAAGGUGAUUGGGCAUGACGAGUCGGAGCGCGCCACCUGGUCCACUGCCAGCUCUAUCUGCCAGUCUCAUGAGGCCAAGCUGGCAACGGUGCCCAGCCAUGUGGAGCAAGCCUUCCUGCUCACCAUGUUGCCCAACACCAGUUUCCACAUGUGGGUGGGCCUGAGCUCCAGCCCCAAGGCCCGGUUCCACUGGGAGGAGCCGGGCCUGCUCAGCUACACCAACUGGGCCCCAGGGGAGCCCAAAGACAACAGUGGAACACAAACCACCAAGGGCAACUGUGUGGUCAUGCAGCAUGGCAGCCCGGCGCGGACCACAGGCAUGUGGGCCUCACGAGGGUGCGAGACGGAGAAGCACGGCUAUAUCUGCAUGAAGAGGAAAGACCCGGCCAUACCUCCUGGCGUGGACAUGCUGCCCCCCUCUCUCUCGGGGCCGCUGGAGUUUGAGGGCGUGACGUACCGGCUGCUGCAGAGGCCUCUGGACUGGGAGGGGGCGCUGCACGUGUGCCAGUCCCUCAACGGCACCCUGGCCACCGUACGGGACCCGCGCCAGCAGGCCUACCUCACGCUGCUGCUGCACAGCCUCCGCAAGCCUGCCUGGAUCGGCCUGCAGAAUGACAUGGGUCGUGUUUUCUCGUGGCUGGGGGAGGAUGAGCUGACCUACUCGGCGUGGCGGGACGGAGAGCCCAACCACAUGGUGGGCUGCGGCUCCAUGUCCGCGUCGGGCCUGUGGACCGUGUCGCGCUGCGAGGCUAAGAUCAACAACACCAUCUGCGACAUGAACCCAGAGAGGGUGGUAGAUCACAGGUGGGUGUAUGCAGGCGAGUGUCCGCAGGCGGUGGACGGCUGGCUGUGGGUGCCGUUCAGGAACAGCUGCUACGCUUUCAACCUGGACCAGCUGAGGCUGCAGCACGAGGCCAGACACCUCUGCAACCACGUGGGUGCGGAGCUGCUGUCUGUGCUGGAUGAGAGUGAGAGCAGCUUCAUCUGGGAGCACAUGCAGAGCUACGAGGACCAGGCACACGGGGCGUGGCUCGGCCUCAGCUUCAACCCGCAAGAUGGCACGCUGCAGUGGUCGGAGGAGGUGGGUCUGGGCUACACCAACUGGGAGCUGCAGGACGCCAACAUGGGCAUGCUGUCCCCCAGCACCUGCUUCUGGGUGCAGAGUAACACGGGCCUGUGGAAGAUCAGCCCCUGCAAGAACCACACGCACGGCGUCAUCUGCAAACGCCCACGCGGUGCCACUGCGUCUCCUUCAAUUGCGGAGGCGGACCAUCUCCCAGCCCUGCUGCUGAUCCUGGUGGCCCUGCUGCUGCUGGUGGCGCUGGUUCUGGGCGGAGUCUAUCUUUACAGGAGGCGGGGCUCCGGGGCCGGGGGCUCUUAUGAGGGCGCUCGCUACAGCCGCACUAACUCCACCCCCUCCGAGCAGCAGGAGAAGAACAUCCUGGUGUCGGACAUGGAGCUCAACGAGCAGCCGGAAUAAUCCGGAAAACUCCGGAAGAAAAAUACAAAUCUAUAUAUGCCGGGAGGAGAACAGCAGCACCGCACAGCUCAGCACAGCCCAGCACAGAGAGACGAGAUGAGAUGAGAUGAGCCCGGGCAGGGACUAAAAGACAGGAUUUUGACAUUCCCUAUUGUAUAUUUGCUUUUGAGUUCUGUUUUUGUUGAUGUUUGUUUACGUGUUUGUGUUUUUGUUUCUUGGUUUUUGUCGAAUUUGAUGCUGAGAGGGCUGUGUGGAGCACAGCGGAUGUCAAUCAAAAGACUUGAAAAAAACAAAAAGCACCCGCCCCAACUGCCACAUCCCUUGUGACUACCAUAGGACAUGGCCGCUUGUCAAUCACUCAGCUCAGCCAAUCACAUCGGUUUAUUUUCAGAACAGCCACAGAACAACACAAAAUAGUACAUUAUAUGUUUUAAAACCUUUACUAAUGGCACAUGCAAACAGUGUAAGGUUGUUUUGUUUUCCACACAUUCCUGCUUUUGGCUCUUCUUCUACGUUUUUUCAGUCUGUGGACCAACGACCUUCACACCACCCUAGGACGAAUUGGUGCACCAAUCAAAGCCCUAACUAGGGAGAGUCAUGAAAAGAACAUACACGCUGUUAAAAUAUUCUCUGCUUAGCAUAGGUAGCUUAAAGGGACACUGUGUAGGAAAUGGUCAAAAAAGGUACUGCAACUAUGCUGCUCAUUGAAACAGGGCUGCCUAUUGCCAAAUUUGAUCUUUAUAUGAAAGUUUACUCAGUAAUAAAUAUUUUCUAGUAUGGUCUAAGUACAGUCAUUUUUGCAGCUAAAAAUGGCUAUUUCUGGAAAUUCAAAAUGGCGGACCAUGGAGAAGAUUCCCCUUUUCAUGUAUGAAAAGUGCAAUUUUUCCAGUCAUAAUGCAUACUUAGAAUUUGAUGCUGGUGGUAAGUAUUCAUGAAAAAAGGUAACAUUAGUGGGCAGCAUGAAUUCUGGAAAGAAACAACUAAAAGUCUCACACAGUGUCCCUUUAACAUUUUGAUCAACAAAAUCGGCUUUCAGACCACUAGUUGUCCAUGGACGAAGCUUUUAUAAACACUGCUCUGCAACAAACACACGGUGCCAAAGACUGACUGGAAACUGACCAUGAGCAUCCAGCAUUGUUGUCUAGCCAGCGUUGGCUGAGCUCAUCCUCAGUCAGAUGUAUUUGCGUACACACACACACACACACACACACACACACACACACACACACACACACACACACACACACACACACAGCUCUGCUGCUGUAGUGCCUUUCCUCGACCCCGACCAGUGUUUUCUGCCGUAUCAGUAUUCCUUUGUGUCAUGUCAGCAAGUUUGUGUUUUUGUCUGGGUUAGUUAUGAGGGGACACAACUUUUCUUUCUGUCUAUUUUUUUUCUUUUUUUUGUUGUUGUUGUUAAUUUUUGUUGAUACCCCCACCCACUCCAAAUGCUCGCACAGGCAAAAAAUGAUGCACAUUAACAUCUGCAUGCGUGCACGUGUGUGUGCGCACAUUCACACAUGCACACACACGGGGCAUUUUUUUCUGUAAGUAUUCCUUCCUUUUAUUCUUCCUUUUUGCCCUUUUUUGCAGGCAUGGGCUACACAUCACAACAAGGCACAUACUAUACUGUACAUGCACAGGGGCGAACACACAACAGGACCUGCACACCGUAGCACAAUACUCGUAAGGCAGACACACACCACCAAAGAGGAACCAUACACAGGCAGUACACUCACACACACAAAGACACACACAGCCACACACAUCAUAAAGUGGCAAGCCACACACAGCCCAACUGGUCACCAAGUAGCGAGAGAAAUUGACCAGUCACAACCACAUGGCCCUGUGCAAACCCUAUGUGAAAGGGCAACAAGUGGAACUGUUGAAACAUAGUGCGCUUGUCUGUGUAAUACAGUAUAAUGAUGAAGGAGGAUGGGGUAGAGCAUUGGUUAAAAAGGUGGGGUUGCAGGUUAACCAUUUUAAGAAAAUGUAAUAUUAUGACAUCACGUUGGGGGUUCCGCAGGCUCAUAGGAGUCUAUGUAGAACCUUAGAAUCCUGGGGGAGUUCCCCCAACGUGAUGUCAUACCUGCAACCCCACCUUACUCCCCUCACCAACCGGCAACCUUUGGGCUACAAGUCUGACGCCCUAACCGCUUACCCAUCUUUGUAUGAUACAGUAUGAUGAUCUUCCCCAGUGCUGUAGAUGAGGGUCAGAGUAGUUUCAGCACUUGGUCCAGGAAGACAAAU